AUGGUCCGAAACAUUCACAUUGCCGUUCUGGAUGUCGAUAUCCCGGCUCGCAAACUCUACGAGGCUCGCGGACUCUGCAGCGCUCAUUUCCGUGACAUUCUGCGCGAGACAGCAGCUCACCUCAAUGACACACGUCUGGAUAACGAUGAUGCCCUCAAUAUUAAUGUCACUGCCUUCGAUAUCCGCGGUGGUCACUACCCCGACUUCCAUCUUCUGCGCGGUGCCGCCCAAAAUGAAUGGCCUGUACUUAAUCCCAUCGACGCAAUCCUGAUCACAGGUGGUUCACCCGGCGUUUACGAAAUGCCUGAGUCCCCUUGGAUGCAGCUUCUCGAACGAUUUGUCAAAAAGGUUUACGCGGACUACCCUGAAGUCCGCUUAUUGGGUACUUGCUUCGGGCACCAGAUGAUUUCUCACGCUCUCGUCCGGGACCCCGAGGACACCGUCCGCGACGUUUAUGUUGAAAAAUGCCCGCUCGGUAGAGAAGUCGGCAUUUACACCGUCGAUUUAAACGAUAAAUUUGUGCAGUCUUUCCCAUCUGCUUUGGGAUCUCUCCCCGGUGGCCAGCUGCGUAUUCAGAUGUUCCACGGUGACCGUGUGAUGGCGGUUGAGAAGGGAACGCCCGUCACCCUGAGCGAGUCCCCUCCUGUUUCGCUCCCCGCCCCUUGGAUUAAUAUUGGAAGUACCCCUAUCUGUCCCAUUCAGGGACUUUAUAACCCUGGACGUGUCUUGUCGGUCCAGGGACAUUAUGAGAUGGAUGCCUUUGGCAUGCAGAAGAUGUGUGUGGAGUCUGCACCUACUAUGGGAUGGAAGGAGUCGAAGCUGGCACUAUUCUUGGAGCAGGUUGGGCCUGACUUGGAGGAUCGGGCUGAUGAUGCUAAGGCUUUUGCAUCGGCUGUUGUGUCCUUCUUGGCUGAUCUGCAAUGA